CGAAGUCGAACUGGAGCCGGUAAUACCCUUUUACUAUAGUAAUCCUAUUUGCUAUUGUAGUCGUCCAAUAGCAGAAUGCCCUCCGCUUGUUAAGCAUUUUACUUGACUUGGAUUGUUCUUGACUACAGCCCCGCUUCUCUCUGGACUGGCGCCGUGGACUCACUAAGGAUUUAAUCCUGCUGAAGCAAUGGUCGAGCGGGGAUAUUAUUCGGCGAGAAAGGAUUCGAUGCUUUUUGUUUAGAAUUCGCGCAUCACCCGGUUAUUGCUGUAACUGUAGAAGAGAUGCGUGACAAAAGCCAACAACACCGUCCUUCCACCACAUCCAGGGGCUCAUCGUUUUUUAUCGAGAAUUUACUUGGCUCUUGUAAGACAGAACAGUCCGGUCGUCCUUUAAAGUAUAACGAUGGCAUGGAGCAAGAGAUGGAUCUCAAGGGCAGCGCUAAAGCGCAUCUUAAAGAAAUGUGCAGUCAAGCACCAAGCACAGGCUUCAAGACAGAGAGGAGCACACUAUCACCCCUGGAUUGGUGUGGACUGGAAACCUCAGAGACGGGUCCAAAAGAAGAAACUAACCAUUCCAGUGAGCGUUGCCGCAGCGACAGGGACACCCCGGUGACCUCUGAGCUUCUUGAUGGAGCAGUGGACCGAAAAACGAGCGAGUGCGUGGGUGACGAGGGUGAAGACGCUCGACAGCUUUUCGACGAGCGUUCCGGUCCCGACACUUGCGAGCCAUGCUCGGCCCGGAAGAAAAAGACCCGAACUGUGUUCAGUAGAAGCCAAGUGUUCCGGCUAGAAUCCACUUUCGACAUGAAGAGAUACCUCAGCAGCUCUGAGCGCGCCGGCCUCGCGGCCUCCCUGCACCUGACCGAGACGCAGGUCAAAAUCUGGUUCCAGAACCGCAGAAACAAAUGGAAAAGACAACUGGCCGCGGAUUUAGAGGCUGUUCAUUUUAACCACAGCUCCCAGCGGAUUGUACGGGUGCCCAUCUUGUACCACGAUAAAACGACACCCAUGUCGACUCUCAGUUUUAACGUGUCCCAAGUCUCGCCACCUCUCAUGGGCUUCUCAAAUCCAGUGAACUAUCCAUUUUCGCCCUUUGCUCAUUCGAUGAAUUUAAUGACAUCGCAAAUGACAGGCCUUGUCUGAUCUAUUGUCUAAUAUACUGACAGUAGUGGCCCAAUGACAAUUAUCAAUGUUUCUGAAUGGUGCAAUAACUGAUUUAUACAUAUCCUGCUGGAAAUACAGUACUGAUGUAUAUCCUCCAUCCAAAGAAAAGAAAACACCUAUCACAAGAAAAAUUACAAGUUUGUGUUAAUUGUCACUGUUACAUCUAUAAUCUAGUCUUGGGGGCCCUCAAUGUAAAUAUAAGGGCAACACUUGCUUUUUGCAAAUAUAUAUUUUUUUUCCGAAACACCGAUUUGUAAGUUUUGUCACUUUUUCACAUUAUAAAUUUAAAUAAACGGAUCACGUUAAAGCAAGUAUGAUUUUCCUGUGAAUGAGUUCUUCUAUCAGCUUAGAAGACGUCAAAACUUUAUGGACAGCGGAAAAAACAACAUUCAUGUAGCCUAGCCUAUACA